UGUGAACGCCCCCUGUCUUCAGCAGCGUGCGCACAGAGAGGUGCGUUUGUCAUCGCUGCCAUGUUCACUCUAGUGCACUUGUUACGCGGAUGUUGAGGAAGUGGUGGUUAGUGGCAUUUGGAUGAGUAUCAUCCGCUCUUGAUUCAUUACCGUGAGAAAACGAAUCAAAUGCCGCGCUGCUAUGGACGCGAUCGGCGUGUCGCACACGGAUCCGCUCGAUGACUAUGAGCUGAUUCACCGCAUAGGCAGCGGGACAUACGGAGAUGUGUUUAAGGCCCGUAGCAUUAAGACUUCAGUCAUCGCAGCUAUUAAAGUGGUCAAACUGGACCCUGGUGAUGAUAUUUCAAGCAUUCAACAUGAGAUAACCAUGAUGAAAGAUUGCACUCACAAAAAUAUUGUCGCCUAUUUCGGCAGCUACCUCAGAAAUAACAAGUUAUGGAUCUGCAUGGAAUUCUGUGGAGGAGGAUCAUUGCAGGACAUUUACCAUGUCACUGGUCCUCUGAAAGAGAGACAGAUAGCUUAUGUGAGCAGAGAGACACUUCAGGGACUGCAUCAUCUUCAUCAUGUGGGAAAAAUGCAUAGAGACAUAAAAGGUGCCAACAUUCUUUUGACAGAGCGAGGAGAUGUCAAACUAGCGGAUUUUGGAGUGGCAGCUGAGAUCAACGCAUCUGUUGCUAAGAGAAAGUCCUUCAUCGGGACACCAUACUGGAUGGCCCCAGAGGUUGCGGCAGUGGAAAGGAAAGGUGGUUAUAACCAGCUGUGUGAUAUCUGGGCAGUGGGAAUCACAGCUAUUGAACUAGCAGAGCUGCAACCACCUAUGUUUGACCUACACCCUAUGAGAGCUUUGAUGCUGAUGUCCAAGAGCAGUUUUCAGCCUCCCAAACUGAAGGAAAAGAACAAAUGGUCCACCGAAUUUCACAAUUUCAUCAAAAUGGCACUCACGAAGAACCCUCGGAAAAGGCCGACGGCAGAAAAACUCCUACAGCAUGCUUUUGUCACGCAGCUCCUCACACGUAACCUGGUUAUAGAGCUGCUGGACACAGUCAAUAACCCUGAUCUUCAACAGACACAAACUAUGGAUGAGAGCGACCUGGAGACUUGCAGUGUCCUACCUGAUAAGAUUCAUUCUCUAGCCAAACUUCCUGUUCAGAGAACUCUGUCUGAGGAGCAAUUUGAUCAUGUGAAGUUUGGGCCACCCAUGAGAAAGGAGACGGAUCCCUGUCCUGAUCUGGGGGCGUGCGAUGACUGGAGCUCUAUCAACUCGGACAAGGACUCACCGAGUUUGUUAGAAUGUGUGGAAGAGGCCUUGAUGGAAAGGAGUUUGACUAUAAAGAGGGGUUCUUCUUUAGCUGAGCACUCAAUGGAUGAAGAGGAUAAAUAUGGGACUGUGAAGAGAGCGGUCUCUUCUCCACAAUCCACAACCCACUGCCCUUCCAAUCAAGAGAAAAUGGCGCCCACUCCCUGUUCCCUCUCCUCACCUCUUAUUGGCUCCACCCCUCUGAAGGACCCUGCCCCUGACACUAACCCUGCCAUUCUCAGUGAAUCAGCUUUGCUGAUUGGUUCAACGCUGUCUGACCUGUCACUCCUCACAAACUCCUCCCUCUUCACAGACUCCUCCUUCCUCAGUCAUUCCACCAGUCUGGGUUCCCUCUGUUCAACACCAACUGAAGGUUUGAUACCAGGGAGCUCUGUCGCUCCAGACCCAGGAGGACGCAGGAAUAAUUUCCCCCCAUCUGACCCCCCUCUCUCCCCGGAAUGGAGCACUCUCAGGAGGAAACCAGACGACUCAUCAUCUGUUGUCCAUGGACUGCCACCUACACCACAUGUACAUAUGGGGGCCUGCUUCUCCAAAGUAUUCAACGGCUGUCCAUUAAAGACUCACUGUGCUGUUACAUGGGUUCUGCCAAAGACCAGAGAUCAAUACCUUGUGAUGGGUGCAGAGGAGGGCAUCUACACCCUCAACCUCAAUGAGCUCCAUGAGGACACUAUGGAGAAGUUGCUUCCUCAGAGAUGCAGUUGGUUGUACGUGAUGAACAACGUUCUUAUGUCCGUCUCAGGAAAGUCAUCACAGUUGACUUCUCAUAGUCUGCCGACACUUUUUGAGUACCGCAGAAAUAUGCAGCGUAGACAGGGACAUCUCGCCAUUAACGCACACCGCUUGAGCACAAAGAUAAACGCAAGGAAGUACGCCAUGUCAGUAAAGAUCCCAGACACCAAGGGCUGUAGAAGAUGCAGUGUGGUACGAAACCCCUACACUGACAGCGUCUUUCUGUGUGCCGCUGUGCCAUCUGGUUUAGUUCUUUUAAUGUGGUAUGAUCCUCUGCAAAAGUUCAUGCAGCUCAAGCACAUUGCGCUCAGUCUGCCAGAGUCUCUGCCCAUCUUUGAGCUCCUCGUACAGGAAACAGAGGAGCUGCCACAGGUCUGUGUGGGGGUGAGAAGCCGCCCCCGCAUAAGUGACACCACUGGACAGAUGUAUUUUGACAUAAUCCACCUGGAUGACACCCCACAAAGUCUGCCAGAUGGUGAGUCUUUGGAGGUCAAGCAAGUGAUUCAACUCGACAGGGACACAGUUCUCAUCGCACUGGAAAACACAGUGAAGGUUGUGAAUCUGCAGGCAUGUCCGAGCCAACAGAAGACCUCUGAACUUUCUUUUGAGUUUUCCAUUCAGACGCUGGUUUGCCUACAGGACAGUGUUCUUGCCUUCUGGAAACAUGGUCUGAAAGGAAGGAGUUUACAAACUAAUGAGGUUACCCAGGAGAUCACAGACAGAAGUCGAGUUUUUCAGGUUUUGGGAACAACUAGGGAUAUUAUUUUGCAAAGUACUCCUACGGAUGAUCCGUCUGCCAUGAGCAACCUGUACAUACUCACAGGGCAUGAAAGCAGCUACUGAUGGGACUGAGACAAUGAGAAUGUUCAGCAAUAGCUGGUAACACUACAAAGGUCGAUAGUCCACCCUUCUCCACUAAAAGGGUCGUGUCAUCAGACCUGAAAAGCUCCAAGAACAGAGGAAGUCAUGAUGGAGUCAUGUACACAUAGUUCUCCUGAUCCUUUCAGGACCAGACAUUGGGAUUGGAGCUGACUUGGAGGCACGAGGUUCAACCAUGAGAGAAAGUGACCUGUAGACCUAAAUUAGAUCUACACUAGGUUUGAAAUAACUGUUAUGGGUCACUGACUAAAUGAAUGAGAUGCUCUAUUUAAUGUUAGACAGUCUGGUCGUAUUCCUUGUUUUGAGAAAUCUAUAUCAUUGACAUGUUUUGGUGCUGUGGUUCAGAAUUAUCUUUCACUGGCCUGUAAAUCAGUUGAUAGAAUUUUGUAAACCAUUAAAGUACUGAAAAAUCCACCAGAACCCAAAAUUGUGAAAUACAUUAAAUAAAAGUAAACAACAAGGAUAAA